AUGCUUAACACAUUUACCGAUGAAAAUGAUACUAAAGAUAUGAGUUGUAUAAAUCCAUUUGAUUUACCAACCUCAACAACAGAUCCUUUUGGAAUCUCAACUAGUAUGAAGUUAUCUGAAUCAUCAGAAAAAUUUGAUGAUAAUCCAUUUAUUAUUGAUACAAAUAAAGAGAAAAUGAUUCGACAUCGAAGUGGUAAAGAAGCAUUAUCAUCAGCAAAUUGGCUUGCUUAUCAACAUUCAAUGGAUGAAGGUAAUUUCGGUUUAUUGGAAGACGUACAAGAUAAAUCAUUAAUAACACAAUCAGAUAGUGUUAAUCCUAUGAAUCCAUUUUUAACUUCAACAACACCAUCAAAUACAAAUCAAUCAAAUGAAAGAAUAUCUCAAAUUUCUUCAGUUGAUUUUUUAUUUGAUGUUAACGUUGAUCCAAGUACAGUACGACCAAUAACUUCUGAUAAUUCAUUAACAAAUCUUGAUCAAAAUCAAUCAUCUGAUGAUCUUCUUAAUUUCAAUCAAACAAAUAAAUCAUCUAUUCUAACGGAAACACCAUAUAAUUCAACAUCUACAAACACUGAAUUAUCAAGUUUAGCACAUACACAAGCAAUGGCAUCAACAAUAAUAACUAAUACAACAUCAAAUUCAGCAUAUAAUGAUCAAUUUUUAGACUGGUUAACACAACCUAAUAAUUUGAUGUCUGAUGUUGAUCUAAAAAAGAAUGGUACCAAUGUAAUUAAAAAUACUGAAGAUGUUUUAGAAAAUAUUCAUCUACAAUUAUUAUCGACAUUGCCAACUUCUCAAGAAAGUAUUUCACCAUCAUCAUCAUCAUCGAUUUUGAUUUCUAAACAAUCAAUAGGUGGUUCAAUAAAUGAAGGAAUACCAUCGAUUUCUAUUCAUGAAUCAAUAAUUGUACAUAAUGAUAGCAAUGUUAGACGAAAAGAACAUAUUGAUAAUAAAAAAAAUAAUCAAUCUGAAGAUGAUUCAGAUGAAGACUCAAAAAUGAUGUUUAAAAUCAAAGAAGAAAAACAAAAUCUAUCAAAUAAUACAAAUAUUCCUGUACCAUUAUUACCUCCACCACCAUCAUCAUCAAAAAAUUAUAAAAAAACAAGUGAUGAUGUUAGUUCAUCAACAUCAUCAUCAUCAGAAACAGAUCAUCAAGAUGAUGAUGAUCCAUUUGCUAUAUUUCAAUCAAAAUCUACUCAAAAUAAAACAAAUCAACAACUAGAAAAAAAUCUUUUUACAGAUUGGAAUGAAGAUAAAACAAAAAUAAAUGAAAAAGUAGAUGAAUCGCAAGAAAAAGUGCAAUCAUUACCAUUAGAUUAUUAUUUACAUGAACCAGAUUAUGAUGAUAGUGCACCAUUAGAACCCUAUCAUAAUGAUAUAAAUGAACUACAAUUACAACAACUUAAUGGUUGGUUAUUACAAAUUCGUGUACCAUUAAGACAAAAAGAUUUAUAUAAAAGUACUUUUCAACGAUUUAGUGAAACACGUACCUGGCAAGAAUGUUAUGUUCGAAUAUUCUUCGAUGAAAAAAAAUUACGUUUUUAUCUUCCAGAAACCAUCGAAAAAUCUUUUGCUGAAAUUUCUUUACAAACAUGGUAUCAAUGUACAAAACUUAGUCUUCAACAAUAUGAUCAAUAUAGCAAAAUUCAUACAUUUAAAAUUUUUGAAGCAAAUUAUCGUGAAGUUCCUCAAGUUCGUAUUGAUCGUCUUGUAACAUUACCAGAAAAAUUACUAAGAAAAUUUACUCGACCAAAUAAAGCUCAACAAGUUUUAUUAGAUCAUGCAAAUUGUGUUCAACAAGAAAUUGUUAAAUUUGGUCAAUUAAAUUAUACUUAUUUAAAACAAUUUUCAAUUAUAUUAGAUGAUUUAUUUUGGUCAAUGCCUAUUACACGUAAUCGUUUUCAAAAACAUUUAAAAGAAGAAAUAACAAUUAAAAUCUUGGAUGAAUAUUAUGCACAUAUUGAUAUUUAUCGUCAUAUAUAUAAACAUAAAUCUCGUACACGUUUAUUUGUUUUAGCUUUUUUAAAUGAUGAACAACCAAUUAUUGAAAUUGGUAUCAAUGAUUGGUUUCGUCAUGGUAAAGAAGUUAAUAAACGUAAUGAAAUAAUUAUUAAUAAAACAUUACAAGAAUAUUGGAUUAAACCAGAACAAGUUGAAUUAGCAUCAAUUAUUGAUUCAAAUGAAUAUGAAAAUACACAUUUACUUAAAUUAAUACCACCAGAUAGUUAUAGAAUUGAAAUAAUGCGUUUUCGUACAAGACCUAAACAAAAUAUUGAAUUACCAUUACAAGUUUAUUGUUUUAUGUCGGUUAUUGAUCGUCAAGCAAAUAUAAGAAUUGAAGUAACUGUAUCAAAUGCAUUUAAUAUAAGUAUAUUAUCAAAAACAUCAUCAAUAAUAGCAAAUGAUAAAACAGCUAAUAUACGUGAUGACAAUAGUGAUGAACAAUGUCCAUGUGAAGAUAUUCAAAUACGUUUUCCAAUACCUGAUCCAUGGGUUUAUAUGUUUCGAGUUGAAAAACGUUUUCGUUAUGGAGCUAUACAUAGUGUUCGUCGUAAAGCAGGAAAAAUAAAGGGUCUUGAUCGUUUAAUGAUUAAUCGUAAUGAUGGUCUCAUUCCAUUAAUGGCUGCAUCAGCUGGUAUAGCUAAAUAUGAACAAGCAUUUCGUUCAAUAGUAUGGCGCAUUGAUCAAUUACCAAAAAGAGAUCAAGGUGCUUAUAAAACACAUUUAUUCGAAUGUAAAAUUGCAAUACCAUCAUAUGAUCCCAUACCAGAAAAAUAUGACCCGAUUGUUGAUGUUGAAUAUUCUAUGUCACAAGCAUUUAUUUCACAUUGUCAAAUUCGUUCAGUUGCUGUACCAAGUGCUGAAGAAACACCAGAGAAAUGGAUACGUUCAAAAAGUCGAUUUAUUUAUACAAUUGAUAUUGAAUAUGCAUUUAAAGAAGAAGAAAAAAAAGAUUUUGCACCUAUUGAAAUUGAUAUGAAAGAACAGCCAAUGACACAAAGUGAAACAGAAAAUAAUUCACAAUCAGAUGAUAGUGAUUGA